AUGACGCCACGUUUCCACUUCCUUUCUCCGCGUCUGACAUUCGCUUUGGCUUUUUAUUCAACCUUCCAGUAUGUUUCAGGGGAUCGUAAUGUUACUGUAGACGAUAGCGAUGGAUCUAUCAGCUAUUCGACUGGUUGGAGUGUUUCUUCUGGGAGCAAUUCGUUGGACUAUGGAGGCUAUCACCAUCUUUCCGAUUCCAAGACAGCCACAGCAAGCUUCACAUUUACUGGUAUCGCCGUCUACAUCAUGGCGCCUCUCUGGCCUUAUGCAGUGGGUGCUCAGGCCGGUGUUGAUGGUUCAUCGCCUGUAUCCAUCGACAUGCAAGACCACACGCAUACCUCGGAUGGUGGCUCAGAGGAUGUCGCAUCUGCUGUUCUAUGGGGUAUGGACGGGCUCGGUAACUCUUCCCACACGCUACAGAUCUCAUUUUGGGAUAGUGAAGAGUAUAUUGCCCUGGAUGCGAUUAUUUAUACAGUUCAGGAUUCAUCGUCGACCACUGCCUCUUCCUCCUUUUCCUCUUCUUCCUCUUCGUCAUCGUCGUCUGCCACAUCGGCUUCAUCGGCUUCCAAAAUCUCGUCCACAAGCCACACCGGGGUUAUUGUAGGUGCAAUCGCAGGAGGAAUUGUCAUUGCUUUCAUCGUCAUUGCGUUCGCUGUGUGCCUCACUCGACGUCGACGGAACCAGACCAAUCGCCCCUUCAUUACUGGUGCUGCAGGCGCAGAAGCAUUUGUCGGAGGCGCAGGACGGACGUCACGGAAGUUUGGAGGAAAAUCUUAUGCCAGUGCUGCUCCUGAUUCUCCAAUCAUGGUUUCCGUCCCCCUCGGAAGUCCGGGAUCCUUUGGGAACAAUGCUAACCAGAAUCCAAAUACUACGUCGUACUAUAGCCAAGGAAGCUCUUCUACCACUUCUGCAGCUUAUCAAAAUGAUCAUCCUCGAAAUGCGAUGUCCUCAUUUCCAGGCUAUAGCCAACCGGUACCAGGGUCCCAGUAUGGAGAAGGCUUGCAACUCUAUGGCCAGCCUGACAAAGGGUCUCAUAGAAAUUCACAAUACGGGUCUGACCGUCCGUACUCGUCGUACAACCCAUGGAAUAGUUCCUCAGCCAUGGCCAGUGGUGUCGCUGCUGCUGCUACGGGCGGCGCUCACGUAGGCGCCUCGCUUCCUCACAAUGGUGUGGCAAAUGGGAGCGGUAACAUGGCGGAUUCUUACGGUGCUUUGGGGGGUCCUAAUCCUCAUACAGAUUCGUUUUUGGCCGCCCCCGGACAGAUAGUUCUAUCUUAUGGAGGAGCUGCUUCAGAUUCAGGGGCUGGUUCGAGCUCCUCCAGAUCAGAUGUCUACACGACGAAACCAUUGACUUCAGCCGCAGAAAAACGACGAUUGGCGCUUGCCCAUCGUGAGGAGGAACAGGAGGAAGAGGCACCACCGAGUUACUCAUAA